UCAGGGCUACCCUUCUUCUCUGUCCUGCUGUGUAACCAUAACAACAGCAGGGGGCGGUAAUGAGUUAAAGGGUUUGAUCCGCCACUAAAAAGCGCAAGGCUACGUCACUAUGCUUUGUCCAAUCAGUGGAGCAGACGCGAGUAGUCCCCGCCCAUCUGAGAAACCGCCAUCAUGAAAUUAAAAACAAGAAAGUGACAGAUGAUCCGCGCCUCGGUUCAGUCGAACCUUCGUAUCCAGGUUUAAGUGACGACGGCAGACAUGACGGACGUGGAAGCGAUGGACAGCUCUGCGAUGUCUGAGGAGGAUGUUGAGGAUCAGCAGGAAGACGAGUCGAGUCGGAACAAAGCCAGCUCCAAAAUAUCCGCUGUGGGCGAGAUCAUUGAAGGAAAGCGAGCAAAGAAGACUGUGGAGAGGCUGGACUUCCAGGCGCCCAAGCAGAGAGAGAAGCUGAAGAUCGGAGACGGCAGCGGAGAUAAAUUAGGUGAAAUUCCUCGAACCAGCUACCAGAUCAACAAGAUGAAGCCGGCGGAUCUGAAACCUCUGCACUCCAUCCUGUUCGACAGACCGGGAAAGAUGGCGUCCAUAAAGAAGAACCUGCGAUUGUUUAACGGCUUUCCGUUCCACGCCGACAGCGAACAGUACGCCAGGAAACGGGAAAAACUCCUCAAGAGCUCAAAUCUCACCAACAGCAAGCUGAAGGUGGCCUGCACCGUUCUGGAUCUAGAGAAGAAAGGAACCCACUCGGACCUGAUCGACCGGAUCCUGACCUUCCUCAUCGCACCAAAGAACAGCGGAAAGCGAGUUCCCGUGAAGAAGAAGAGGAAAUCCAAGAAGAAGCUGUCCGGAGAUGACUCCAAGACCAGCAGCAAGAAGAAGAGCAAACCCAAAGCCAAGACCUCCACGUCCAGUCCUAAGAAGUCCAAAACAGGAAGUAAGUCCAAGGCCAUCGUCAUGGACUCCAGCAGCGACGAGGAUGAGGAUGAUGAUGAAGAGGAGAAGGUAGGAGCUUCAGCAGAGGCAAACAGAUCAGACACAGAGGAGAAACCAUCAGAAAAAGAGGAGGGGGAGGAAGAGUUUAACAAGUCUGAGGAAGAGGAGGAUGAAGAGGAGGAGUCCUCCAGAUCCACCUCAGGCAGAGAGGAGGAGAAGAAGAAGACUACAGCUUCAGGGAAGAGACCGCGGGCACCAACGAAGAAGAAGGGUCCUCCUAACAAGAGAACCAAGCAGGACGUUUCUGAUGAGUCCGUGUCUGAUGAGAAGCCCAAGAAGAAGAAACCUGCAGCCAAAACAAAGAUGGCCGACAGCAGCAGCAGCAGGAACAACGCCAACACAGCAGCAGAGGACAGCUCAGACGAGGACGAGCCGCUCAUCAAGAUGGUGAAGAAGCCUCCGACUGAGGACCAGCUGAAGGAGACAGUGCAGCGUCUCCUGAAGGAGGCCGACCUGGAGGAGAUGACCAUGAAACAGAUCUGCCAGAAGGUGUUUGAUACGUAUCCAGAACAUGACCUGAGCAGCAAGAAGAACUUCAUCAAGAAGACCGUCAAAGCUCUUAUCACAUGAGGACCUGCAGUACCCCCAGAACUCCUCCAGAACCCGGGCCAGAACUCCUCCAAACAUGUGUUUCUGUGUUUUUCUACAUGAAUGUUUUUCUUACUGUUUGAGAGACUUAUUGGUUUAAUUCAGAACCAGCUGGAAGGUUAGCUCGGAACCAGCUAGGAGGUCAGAUCAGACCAGCAGCAGAGAUCCGGUGAAUGAAGAAACCCACUUCUGGAAGGUUCUGGACUCUUUUUGUCCGUUGUGUCUCAGUUUCUAAAUAAAGUUGUACAUUUUUUAA